AUGAGUUCACGGGUUAUCAUAGCGACGGAAGGAAAUGAGCAAAGUAUUUUGUCUGCCAUCAGCGACUUUGGCAACGUGUCGCGCGGCAGGUGCGACGACAGUGUGGACAGGCACAGCAGCAGGUCCAGCAGCAUUAGGGUGGAUUACCAGCGGCUGAUGGAGGAACACGCGCAGCGUGCAGCAGUGCUGGAGCAGUACCGCAUCCUGGUGGCGAGCAGGCGGGAGCAACAACAGCAACAACAACAGCAGCAGCAGCAACAAGAAGAACAACAACUACUACUACUACUAGAGCAACAACACCAACAGGAAGAGCAACAACAACAACUACUACUACAGCAACAGCAUCAACAGGAACAGCUGCAGAGAGUUGUUGAGCAGCAGUGGAAGCUGCAGCGGCAGCAGGAGGAGGAGGAGGAGGAGAAACGUCAGAAACAGUGCAGAAAGACACCAGGAGUGGGGGAAAGCGCAUUGAGUGAGCGAUACAGCGUGAAUGAGACGCUGACGGUACAAAGCCGCCAGUCUUCCCCGACGACUUCUUGUGCCACGUCAGGUGCACCCACGUCCGUGAUGGGUGCACCGAAGCAGCGCUGCAGGAGCUCCUGCACGUGGACGCGGCCGCGCAACGCACUCACAGGCACCACUGCGAGCUUUGCUGCCAAACAACGGGCAAAGGUGAGUUCUGCACCAAACACACCGCGCCAGCGGGAGCAGAAGGGCAAGCAGCGUGGUCGUACCGAGAUGCAUGUCUCGGCCUCCUCAACACCGUCACCUUCAAUGAUCCAGCCACCGUGUCGGCCGUCGAAUGCGUCUGGGCGCACGCAGCUCUCAUGCCACCACGAAUCAACAGAACGGAUAGAGGAUUUGGGGUUGCCGUCAUCAUCAUCGCGGCGCUCAUAUCAGGAGCUGCACGGCCGUCCCCAGCCCAGCACCACCCUGCCAGUAGACAACGAUGAAACACCUGAACAGGAGGCUGUUACCGCUUCUGCUGUUCGUUCUACAGAGACGCGCAGGAGCGGCACGGGUCGCACAGACGCCUCCGCAAAACCCCCUGUCUCGUCUCUUCGCACGUCGGGCCGAGCGGUGAUUCGGGGCGGCAACGAUGCCAGCAUGCUGGAGAUCGAGACGGAGGAGGACAGACAACAGCUACAGCGGCAGAUCGUGAAUGUCGCCGCCUACUCCUCGACGCACGCAUCAAGGAGUGCUUCCAAAAGCGUCCAACAACAGCAACGGCAGCAGGAGCCGGCGAGGAGGUCAGAGCCGAAUCUGCCACAGGCGGUGGGUGGCGGUGAGGAACCAUCAUUUAUGUCCUCGGUGACCGCCAUCACUAUUGACCUCACGUCGCCAAUACUUGACCGCUACAAGCAUCAGCCGACGGUGGUUGCACCUGCCGCAAACGGCGGCAGCACCCAGAAGGAUUCACGGAUCCCGGAUUUGCCGACGCUGCCCCGUGAGCCAAUUGCUGCAGAGAACUUCGCCACCGAUGAGGCAGCGGAAGCCAUUGCGCGGGGUUCGAGCAUCAACGGCAGGAAGACCCCACUGGGGUGUGUCGAUGAACCUUGGCUGGAAGCGGGGCGUAAGACUGUGGCGACGCCCACCAACCCUGCAUCGGGUCUAUCAACUGCACGUAGCACAGGCUUUACGAGCGACGACAAGGCCUCCUGCAUUGCCGCAGUGGCUGCUGCGUUGCAGGGGAUUCUUGUUCAGACACGCCGUGUGCUGCCGUGCUACUGCUGCGGUGAGAUGCAGCCACUUUCCGCGUACCGCCUGCACCUGGACUUCUGCCUGCCACGCACGGAGGCGCUCUACUCGCGCUACAACCUCAACCCACUGCGGCUCAUCAUGAGCGAGCCGAAGCAGCCGGUUCCGGGGCUCUUUGCGACGGAAGCCGAGAAGGACACGUUUGCUAGUGCGUGCUACCAAGGCGUGAAGGCGUCGAUCGUGCCGUGCCCGGAGUGCGGAACGCCGCUCCGCAUUCACGACCUCCCCGAGCAUCAGAGUGUGUGCAGCAGUGGCAGAACCAGCACGCGGUCCAAGUCGGGGAAGUCGAGGACAUCUCGCGGUAUUUAG